GCUCCCAGCCCUUGAACCCUAAACAGCGUCAGUCCUCGUCCCAGUUGGACUCCCGUCGCCCCGUCCUGCUUGCUGUCCCACUGCGAGUUUCCCCAAUGCUGUCCGCGGCCCGCCGCCGCUUCUUCCCUCUCCCUGUCCGCUACCUCGCUGCGGCCUUCUCCACCGCCACCGCUUCCGCCGCUGCCGACCCCACGGUACUCUACCUGGAAUCGACCUGCGCCCUCUCCCCCGCCGCCGCCGCCCGCGCCGCGGACUCCAUCCGCCUCGUCUCCCCGGAUUCCACCGCGCAGGCCGACGCCGUCCUCGAUCUCCUCCGCCGGUACGGUUUCUCCGACGCUGACAUCUCCGCCACCGUCCGCAAGUUCCCCAUCAUCCUCAUCUCCAACCCCACCAAGACACUCCAGCCCAAGCUCGACUUUUUCGCCUCCGUCGGCAUCAGCGCGCCGCUCCUCCCCAAGCUCGUCUCCCUCAGCCCCGUCGUCCUCCACCGCAGUAUCCAGGACCACCUGGCCCCGCUCUUUGAGUCUCUCCGCGAAAUCCUCGGCUCCAAUGCCCGCGUCGUGGCCGCGCUGCGCAAGAUGCCGUUCGUUGUCCGCUGCAGCCCCAAGAAUACUCUCAACCUCGUGCUUUCCGCGCUACGGGACGUCCACGGAGUGCCCCCGGGGGACGUUUCCAGGCUCAUCGCCCUCCAUCCAGGCGUCAUCUUGCAGCGCCCCGACCGCUUGGCAGAGAUCGUCCAGGCCGUCAAGAACUUUGGCAUGGAACCCGGUCACCCCAAUUUCGUCCACAUGUUUGUCAUCCUUUCCAAGAUGAAGACCCCCACACUGGAGACCAAGAUUGCAGUCUACCAGAGCCUCGGUUUCGACAAGGACAUUGUUACAUUAAUGAUGCGGCGGUACCCGCCCGCCAUGGCGAUUUCGGGGGAGAAGAUAAAGGAAAGCAUCGGAUACUUGGUCGGGAAGGCGGGGUUGAGCCUGGAAGAUAUCGCGAGGUAUCCCAAGAUACUAGUGCGGAGCCUCGAGAGCCAUUCCAGGAGGUGUGCGGUGCUCGCCCUGCUGAGGAAGGAAGGGAAGCCACAGGGGAAUCAUCAGGUUCCUGUGGUGCUCGGGGCCACCAUGGUACGCUUCUUGAAGGUGUAUGUGCAACCGCAUGAGAUCGAGAUCCCUGAUGUCGUCAGGGCCUUCAACGGCGACAUCCCUUUCGAGGGCUUCGGUGUGUUGCAGCAGCCACAGCAACUGGGGAAGACGAGCCUGUGAUGUCAUCGGCCAACAUUAGUCUUGGUAGUUUGGCCUAGGUAGUUUUCUGAAGAUUGUGUUGCUUGGCUAAUGUUUGUUCUUGGUAGGAUUUUCUUGGGAAGAUUGUGUUGCUCAUGCAACGAGACUACCAAGAAGUAUGGUUAUGCAAGGGAGAAGAGAGCUGAGGUCCAAUUAGCCUGGAUACGAAGACAACAAACUGGUGAAGCUAGAUUGUCCAAGAAGCCGAAGCCUUUUGUUGUACAAUCUCAUAUUUCUGUGUAGUUUGUAGUUUGUGUAUUGCUGAUAUUUCACGUGUUCCACAAUCUAACACCUUUUUUUUU